AUGGGAGAGACCGAGACUCGCCAGAGGCUGCUGCGCAGCGUAAAAAAAGAGGUGAAGCAGAUAAUGGAGGAAGCAGUGACCCGCAAGUUUGUGCACGAGGACAGUAGUCACAUCAUUUCAUUCUGUGCGGUGGUGGAAGCGUGUGUGUUGCACGGAUUGAGGCGGAGAGCCGCUGGCUUUCUGCGCAGCAACAAGCUGGCCGCCCUCUUUGUGAAGGUGGGGAAGGUGCUCGCUCCAGCCGAGGAUCUGUGCCGGAAGGUCCAGGAAGUGGAGCAAAUCAUGGAGAGCAAACAAAACCAGGCUCGACUGAACCAAGACAGCAACCAGAAGAUGUCCAAACUGCCCAACCUGUCACCCCAGGCCAUCAAACAUUUGUGGAUUCGUACUGCCCUCACAGAGAAGGUUUUAGACAAGAUUGUGCUUUAUCUGGUGGAGAACAGCAGCAAAUUCUAUGAGAGGGAAGCUUUACUGCGAGACCCAGUGGAUGGACCAAUUCUUGCUUCAUUGUUAGUGGGGCCCUGUGCUCUGGAGUAUACCAAGGCCAAGACGGCCAAUCACUUCUGGACAGAUCCAUCAGCAGAUGAGCUGGUGCAGAGGCAUCGUAUCCACAGUGGGCAUUGCCGACAGGACUCCCCCACCAAACGCCCCGCUCUGAUCACAAAAAGACAGUCGAGUGGCAGCAUGGACGACCGGCCCACCUUCUGGGCAAGGGACUAUGUGGAAUCCCUCCACCAGAACUCCCGGGCCACAUUACUCUUCGGCAAAAACAAUGUUCUGGUGCAGCCGACGGAUGACAUGGAGGCUAUCCCAGGGUACCUCUCUUUGCACCAGACAGCUGACCUGAUGACCCUAAAGUGGACCCCAAACCAACUGAUGAAUGGAAACAUGGGGGACCUUGACUAUGAGAAAAGUGUAUACUGGGAUUAUGCAAUGACUAUCCGUCUUGAAGAAAUAGUCUAUCUGCACUGCCACCAACAAGUGGACAGUGGAGGCACAGUGGUCCUGGUCAGUCAGGACGGGAUCCAGAGACCUCCUCUGCGUUUCCCUCGGGGGGGUCACCUGCUGCAGUUCCUUACCUGUCUGGAGAAUGGACUCCUCCCACAUGGACAGCUGGACCCACCGCUGUGGUCUCAGAGGGGAAAGGGCAAAGUGUUCCCUAAGCUCCGCAGAAGAAGCCCACAUGGUUCCUGUGAGUCGGUCUCAGACAAAGAAGAAGACGAAGCCACCGACUAUGUCUUCCGGAUCUUGCUACCUUCCACCCAGUCUGACUUUGUUGCACCUGAGCUCAUUGAUCAAGCCAUGAGCCUGUGGCAACCAUCACCACGGAAAUCCUCCUGCUCGUCCUGUUCCCAGAAUGGUUCCUCAGAUGGGGGUCUCCCUGAUGGCUGUAACCAUGACAGGCCAGUGGCUCCUUUGAAAUUACUCUGCGAGACCAUGAAGUAUCAGAUCAUUUCCCGUGCUUUCUAUGGCUGGUUAGCCUACUGCCGUCACUUAUCCACGGUGCGCACACACCUGUCGGCCCUGAUAAACCCCUCCAUCAUCGAGCACGAUUUCCCCACUGAUGCCAAAGGCGGUCUCAGUUUGGACGUGUGGAACGCCUUCCUACAGGACUCCUCUGUGUAUGAAGAGCUGGAGAUUCUGCGUCUGGUCUACUAUGGAGGGGUGGAGCCAAGCAUACGCAAGGAAGUCUGGCCUUUCCUGCUGGGCCACUAUACUUUCACCAUGACCUCAGAGGAGAGGAAGGAGGUGGACGAGCAGGUGCGAGCCAGCUAUGAGCAGACGAUGAGUGAGUGGCUGGGCUGCGAGGCCAUCGUGAAGCAGCGUGAGAAGGAGCAGCAUGCCGCCGCCUUGGCUCGCUGCACCUCGGAGACGGGAGGGGAGCGAGGCCCACGCCACGACUCCACCGUCAGCUCAGACUCAUCUCAGAGCAGCAGCACCUCAGAGAGACAGAGCCACGCCUCCUCUCACAGCGACUCUAACAGCAGCGCACAGGUGUUUGGUUCGGUUGAUGAAGAGGAUCAACCUGAACUGGAGGCCAAGCCUGAGGACCAAAAACCUGUGCCCAAGCUCUCAAAUGGGACUCUGGCCAACGGUACCAGCUCACCGGACUCGGGCCAUCCGUCGUCUCGUAACUUCUCCACCACGUCGGGUCUCUCCGACUGCUCCCCCAGCACCGACGAGGCCUCCGCCCACGACUCAGGGGCCAGAGCCGGGGUGUCUCAGACUCCCACGAAAAAGAGCCAGCCAGAGCCAGCUGCAGAGGGAGCUCCUGUUAGCGUAGCUGAUUCCCCGCCCAAAGCGCCGGCACCAGAGAGCGAGCUCACGAAACCCCAUCCUGUAGAACAGGAGGUGAAGGCGCCGGAAAAAGAGAAAACCGAAGUGGUCUCAGAAGAGGGAGCUGCAGGAUGCGUUUCAGUCAAAGAAGACGCUGAAGGCGUCCUGGAAAGUGAGCCUGCAGCACCAGUGGUGUCAGAGAAGGAGUUGGAAAUGCUCUGUGAAAAAAUGGUCUCAGAAGAGAAAGCCAAAGAGGUCUCAGAGGAAGCCUCAGGGAGCGAUUCACUCAAAGAAGGCACAGGCAUCCUGGAGGGUGAACCUGCAGCACUGGUGGCGUCAGAGGAGGAUAACACAGCCCCAGCUAUGGAGUCAGAUUCGGGUGUGGCGUUAGAAGGCAGCUUACUCGAGAGUGAAGUGCCGCUUUCAGAGACUGACCCAAAACAGCAAGGCGCGAAGGGUCCCGAAGAGAAGGGGGAUUCAGAGAAGAAAGGAGAGAGUGGUCCUCAAGAAACAGUAGCUGAAGCUGAAGCUGGGAAAGAGACCACCGACACUCAAGAGACUCAGGAUCCUGAGACAGAGGAGGAAAAAGUCCUAAGUAGGUUAGAAGAGAAACCUGACUCCGCACAGGAGAGCACAUCAAAUCCAGAACAAAACGAGAAGACAGAGUCAAGCGCUGUAAAGACACCGGAAACAGCUGACAAGAAAUCCCCAGAAAUGGAAAAGACACCUGAAGGCACGGUAAAGACACCGGAAACAGCUGACAAGAAAUCCCCAGAAAUGGAAAAGACACCUGAAGGCACAGUAAAGACACCGGAAACAGCUGACAAGAAAUCCCCAGAAAUGGAAAAGACACCUGAAGGCACGGUUAAGACACCGGAAACAGCUGACAAGAAAUCCCCAGAAACGGAAAAGGCAACUGAAGGCGCGGUAAAGACACCGGAAACAGCUGACAAGAAAUCCCCAGAAAUGGAAAAAACACCUGAUAGCACGGUAAAGACACCUGAAACAGCUGACAAGAAAUCCCCAGAAAUGGAAAAGACACCUGAAGGCGCGGUAAAGACACCGGAAACAGCUGACAAGAAAUCCCCAGAAAUGGAAAAGACACCUAAAGGCACAGUAAAAACACCGGAAACAGCUGACAAGAAAUCCCCAGAAAUGGAAAAAACACCUGAUAGCACGGUAAAGACACCUGAAACAGCUGACAAGAAAUCCCCAGAAAUGGAAAAGACACCUGAAGGCGCGGUAAAGACACCGGAAACAGCUGACAAGAAAUCCCCAGAAACGGAAAAGACACCUGAUAGCACACAAUGUACUGAAGGGCCGAUUCCAAAGUCUGAGAGUUUGAACAAGGUACAUGCUGAAAUUCUCUCUGAAGAUGCUGCUGACGCACCCAAAGACAAGAAUGGGAAUCCUGGAACAGACCAUAUCACAAGUACAGUGGCAAAUGAUCCUCCGAAGACAGAAGAAUCUGAAGAUCAUCAAAAGGAAGAUCCCAAAGCCGUUGAACCACAAAUCAGUGGAGCCCUUAAACCAGAAGAGCCUGCAAUCUCGGCAGAGGCUGAAGAGUCAUCGCCAUCAAAAGGCAUUAGUUCAUCUGAUGCCCCCGAGAACACAGGUCAGUCAGUAAAUGAAUCGAAACAAGCCAAGUCAACACCAACAAAAGAGGUCAACUCCUCUGUAACAGAUGAGAACGCUGCUCAGUCAGUUACUGAAUCAAAACAAGAAGAACCAUCACAAUCAAAUAAGGUCGAGUCUUCUGAAACACUCCAGAAUGCUGCUCAGACAGAAUCUCAUUCAAAAGAAGCAGAGCCCUCAUCAGUAGAAGGGGCCAUCUCAUCAGACCCAGCUGAGAGCAUUGUGCCACUGGGUACUGAAUCAAAGCCAGAGCUUUCCCCAACAAAAGAGCUUCUCUCAUCAGAGGCGACUCGAGGCUCUGAGGCAGAGGACAUCAACGCUCCAGGGAUGGAGGAGAUAACGGUCUCUGACUCAGACCACGUUAAAGCCUCUCAGUUGGAGCUCAAUUGGGUGCUGGAGAGGAGAGACUCCAACACCGAGUCCGAAGGCUGCGUCUCCGCUCCACCCCUCCUCACGCAGCAGUCCUCCACCCUCGACAUGGCCGACUCGGACGACUCCCCCUCCGCCCUCGAAAUGGAGGACAUCCCUACCGCGUUAAUCUGCAUGUCGACCGAAGACCACUGGGGAAGGCAGCCCCUCAUCCUGGAUGCCCCCUCGGCCCUGCGCACCCCCAGAGAGCCUGGUGUGGACUUGCCCAUCCUGGAGCUCCGUUUGGAAGUGGGCCCCAACACGAGCCCUGAGGCCACAGAGUCCAUCCUGUCGGAGGAGGACCCUGACAUGGAUAGCCUCUUCCCAAAGGCGGAUUCCCUAGCAGUGAGAGGGGAGCUGAAGAAUGAGUUGGCCUCCCCUGUGUCCUCCAUCGGUACAACUUACUCUCAAGAGCUGUUGGAUAUGUACAUGCUGAACCUUCACCGCAUUGAAAAGGAUGUUCACAGGUGCGACAGGAACUACUGGUAUUUCACCACGGCCAACUUGGAAAAACUGCGCAACAUCAUGUGCAGCUAUGUGUGGCAGCACCUGGAGAUAGGCUACGUCCAGGGAAUGUGCGAUCUACUAGCACCUCUGCUGGUUAUCUUGGAUGACGAGGCCAUGGCCUUCAGCUGCUUCACGGAACUCAUGAAGAGAAUGAACCAAAACUUCCCUCAUGGGGGAGCCAUGGACUCACACUUUGCUAACAUGCGCUCACUCAUCCAGAUCUUAGACUCUGAGCUCUUUGAGUUGAUGCAGCAGAACGGAGACUACACCCACUUCUACUUCUGCUACCGCUGGUUUCUGCUCGACUUUAAGAGGGAAAUGGUGUAUGAUGACGUGUUCUCUGCUUGGGAGACCAUCUGGGCAGCACGGUCCGUCUCCUCCAGCCACUUUGUCCUCUUCAUCGCGCUUGCGCUCGUGGAGCACUACCGGGACAUCAUCCUGGAGAACAACAUGGACUUCACCGAGAUCAUCAAAUUUUUCAAUGAAAUGGCGGAGCGGCACGAUGUCCCACAGGUUCUGGUCAAGGCUCGGGAGUUGGUCCACAAAGUUCAGACGCUUAUUGAGAACAAGUAGGCGAGAUCCACCAUUGUGUCUUCCAGUCUAAUCAUGCCAUUCCUAUUGUGCUGCCAGGUCCUGUUGCAAAGAGAGUAUGUGGAGACGAAUAAGUAAUCAGGGCCAAAUCAACAUUCAUGUACACAUUGGCCAACACCCCUCUGUAAUGAUGUAAUUGUAUUCCCAUAUAUGUAAAGAACCGGAUCAUCAUGCUUAGUAGAACACAGAGGGUGUAAUAUAAGAUUUGCACAGCAGAGUUCAGUUGCAUGCUGGAACAUCAUGCUUGUUAUAAUCUGGAAUUUAUUAGCGUUCCUUCGAUUUAUGGAUACUUAUUAAAAAUGGAAAUAGGAAACGUACGGUUUUGAGAGUGACUUGAAUUUAGUGACUUGUUAAACAGUAGUUUAUCAUUUAGACAUAUUGUGGGGCCAUAUGUGAGGUCAUAAUAUCAUAAUAUCAUAAUAAUUAACAAAGUUAGCAACAGAGACACUUUCCCGAGCUAUGAAAGCCAUAAUAGAUAUUCACACUUGGAUGUACACAUGGAUAUAUUUUUUUAGCUUCUUUAAAGACAGUAUUGCUCAUAUAUUACCAAUCUUAUUUAAAACUAUAAUGGAAAGACUGAUAUCAACUUGGUCAUUCCUAAGCACAAACUGUAAUAGCCAGAUCAAUGCAUAAUUUUAAGAACUGAGAAUAUCACAGAGGCACAGAACCUUAAAAGUGUCCUAGAGUAGAUUUGUAGUGCCAUAAGGCUGAAACCAUCAUUAUAGUAACUAUUUCACUCAAUUUAAAUUAAAAAAGUUAAUUAAUCUUGCCCCAAUUCCAUAGUUGGCCACUCCUGGCCACCCAUGUUCUCAGUAUACCAAUCCAUUCCCUCCGAAUACAGAUGUUUGCACAUGGAUAGUUCAAUUUAGAGACAGACUGCAGAAUCUAUGGGAACUAUACAUGAACUGAGUGAACAAAUACGAGGGGUGGUCAAUAUUUUUCUCUUCAGUCAAGUGACCUCAGGAUGGCUCUGGACCUGGGCACAGAGCCUUAAGUGAACACCUUGAGGAAGCUACUUUGGCUGUUUUAAAAAAAAAUCUGGUCAGAUGAGGUCUGGGUUUUCAGUAAGGAGUGUUAUGUCAGCUUAUUUCAUCCAUGCAUUCAGUUUUGUGAAAGAAUUAUUCAAUGGAGCUGUUUACCACGAUACUGGUUAUAAUCAAUGUGCCUCAAUAUAUAGCAGAUGACUUACCAUGAGAUGUUAAAAAAUGACACAUCAAAGCCAAAUCGAAAGCCAAAUGUAACACAUCAUUGUUUUAUACAUUCUUGUUUUAGCCUCUUGUUUUUAAAUAAUGCAACUGUCGUAUGUGUCAAUGAAUAGAAACGCUACCAACUGCACAAACAUAGUGUUUCUGUGUGUAAAUAACCCCUGAUCUUCAUUCAGGUAUGAAUCAAUGAAGGCAGAAAAAAAAUCUCUUUGCACAUACUGUUGUAACUUUGGCCUUAGGUUACUGUACUCUCCUCUGUUCAGGGAUUUGUCAGUGAUUAUCUUUCAUGUCGACUACUGCUACAUCAUUCUCUUGCAAUGUGUGAUUGAGGUGUUUGUGGUUAUGUGAUUUAAUGGAGACUCUGCUAGCUGAUUUUGAAACCUACCGAGAAGUCAUGUUUGCUUCUAACCUGGCUGACACCAGACCAAUUCUCAAAUCUUAACUGACAUUGGGAAUGGGUCUUGGGACCCUUCAUUCAUUUCCGAUUUUCAAGGGGCAUUACCAGAGGUGAAAUUAAACUUAAAUUGGUACAUUAAACUCUUACCAAAUCUUUGUGGAAGUACAGCAAACACAUCUUUCUUGUAAAAUAAAGUUUUUAAGUAGUCUGAAUUCCAAUUUCAAGUGUGUGCAUUUCAUUUAACACUGCCCAUCAGGGCAGCCAUUGGUUUUCUUGAACAGAGCUGCUAACUGUACUUCUCUGUCUGUCAUCACAUAAAGCCCGCCCCAUGCCGGAUAAGCAGUUGUAAUUGGUCCCUGGGUUUUUUGGUGAUUCAGAAAUCAGCUUGAAUGGGAUGGGCCUGCAGGUCUGUCUGCGUUCAUCCAGGCUAGUUUCCUUCAGACUUCUUUUUAAAAUGUGUUCAUCAUUCCUAUCAGGACGCUUUGUGAUUGUUGGAUUCCGUUUAAACUCCCCUGGAAAACCGGUGUCUUUGUUUAAAAGUGCCAGUGUUUCAAACACUAAUCUUUUGUCUUCAGUAUAGUUCACUCACACCCAAUCUGAGAAUUAUUGAUGUAUGUUGCUGCUGUUGAGCAUUACACUGUAUAACGAGACAUUUAAUGUAAAACGCAUAUAUGAUAUAACAAAGUCAGUGUUAAAAAUGAUCAAUUGAAAAUAAUCAAAUAAAUAUAUAGGUGUACAUACAUCAGUAAGCGAAGAAAAAAGUAAACCUUUAUAUUUUUAUUGUACUGUGACUACAUUGUGAAACUGAUGUGUUGUGAAUUAUUUAUCAAUCUGUAAUAAAUAUCUGUAAAAGUGUA